AUGGUCGUCUGUGUGUCAGUGAAGGAUCCUAUGGCCAUAUAUGUGUCAAUGAAGAAUCCUAUGGUCAUAUGUGUGUCAGUGAAGGAUCCUAUGGUCAUUUGUGUGUUAGUGAAGGAUCCUAUGGUCGUCUGUGUGUCAGUGAAGGAUCCUAUGGUCAUCUGUGUGCCAGUGAAGGAUCCUAUGGUUGUCUGUGUGUCAGUGAAGGAUCCUAUGGUCAUUUGUGUGUUAGUGAAGGAUCCUAUGGUCGUCUGUGUGUCAGUGAAGGAUCCUAUGGCCAUUUAUGUGUCAAUGAAGAAUCCUAUGGUCAUAUGUGUGUCAGUGAAGGAUCCUAUGGUCAUUUGUGUGUUAGUGAAGGAUCCUAUGGUCGUCUGUGUGUCAGUGAAGGAUCCUAUGGUCAUCUGUGUGCCAGUGAAGGAUCCUAUGGUUGUCUGUGUGUCAGUGAAGGAUCCUAUGGUCAUUUGUGUGUCAGUGAAGGAUCCUAUGGUCGUCUGUGCAUCAGGGAAGGAUCCUAUGGUCGUCUGUGCGUCAGUGAAGGAUCCUAUUGUCAUUUGUGUGUCAGUGAAGGAUCCUAUGGUCGUCUGUGUGUCAGUGAAGGAUCCUAUGGUCAUCUGUGUGUCAGUGAAGGAUCCUAUGGUCGUCUGUGCAUCAGUGUAG